AUGGGCAUCUGGAGUGCUCAGGGCGCGGGGCGGGUGCUGUUGGCUCUCCGGGGGGCGCCGCCGAGCCCGCGGGGGGCCGCCUGGUGCGGCGGCCCCAGCCCAAUUCGCCCGCUGCACCGCGCCGCCGGCGCCGCUCCGCGCAGCCCCGCGCCGCCCACACAGCGCGGCCAGGGGCGCCAGUCCGUCGGCCCCGCCCGCCCGCGCAGCGCGCCGGGGGCGGCGCUCCGCACUGCCGAGUCGCCCGCCGCCGGCGGGGCGGGAGGAGGGCCAGCCAGGGAGCAGCAGCCCACUUGGCUGGACGACCUGGUCCAGCUCGCGGUCGUGCCUAGGUCGGAGAAGGGUGCCGGCGAGGAGGCGUUGGCGGUGGCCAGCGAGCCUGCCACGGUGAACCUCUACGAGGGGUCGGAGAAGAUGUUCCGCGCCAUGCACGAGAUGAUGGGCUCGAGAUCGAGCUGUUGA